GUCUUUUCUGUCUGCGUAGGUCAGCACUUAUCCCUCUGCACCUGCCUCUCCAGGACACUCCACAGCCAUCGUCAGUCUGCCCGGCUCCCAGCAACACCUCUCAGCUAACAUGUUUGUAGCCCUGCACUCCUACUCAGCCCAUGGACCCGACGAGCUGGACCUACAGAAGGGAGAAGGCGUCAGGGUCCUGGGGAAGUGCCAGGAUGGCUGGCUCAGGGGCGUCUCCUUGGUCACUGGACGAGUCGGCAUCUUUCCCAACAACUACGUCAUCCCCGUUUUCAGAAAGACAUCUAGUUUUCCAGAUUCCCGGAGCCCUGGUCUCUACACCACAUGGACGUUAUCCACCUCCUCUGUGUCCUCCCAAGGUAGCAUUGUGGAAGGUGAUCCCCGACAAAGCCGCCCCUUCAAGUCCGUCUUUGUGCCCACCGCCAUAGUCAACCCCGUGAGGAGCACGGCCAGCCCGGGGACUGCAGGACAGGGCUCUCUUCGGAAAGGGCGGAGCAGCAUGAGAAAGAGUAAGUGGUGGCAGAGAGAUGGAUCCCUGCAGAGACCCGUCCAGUCAGGGAUCCCCACCCUUGUGGUGGGCUCCCUCAGGCGCAGCCCCACCAUGGUCGUACAGCCUCAGCAGUACCAAUUCUACCAGCCGCAGGGGGUCCCCUCCUCACCCUCAGCAGUGAUGGCAGAGAUGGGACCCAAGCCCGCUCCCACUGGGGAGCCUGCUCUCACGUGCGUCAGCAGGGGCAGCGACACCAGGAUCCACUCGGCAGCCAGUUCCCUCAUCAUGGAAGGCAAGGAAAUCCCCAUCAAGAGUGAGCCUCUCCCAAAACCUCCUGCAUCUGCCCCACCAUCGAUCCUGGUGAAACCAGAAAACUCAAGAAAUGGCAGCGAAAAGCAAGUCAAAACCGUGAGAUUUCAGAAUUACAGCCCUCCUCCCGCCAAACAUUACACCUCCCAUCCCACCUCUGGAAAGCCUGAACAGCCAGCCACCCCUAAGGGGUCCCAGCCUGAAGCAGCCCCCUUGAGCCCAGAGAUGACCAUUCUAUUCGCCCACCGAAGCGGCUGCCAUUCUGGACAGCAGACAGACCUCCGGAAGAAGUCACCUUUUGGCAAGACCAUGACCCCAGUGUCUACUGCCUCGGCCCCGCAGACCGUGUUUCCCAGCAAAUGAAUCUACGGGUGGCUUUUCCUAGACCCCAAAGAGACCCUGCCUUGGUAAUCUUCCCAGGAGGAGCCAGCAACAACUGGGACACUGAUGACAACAAAUGAUCUUCUUGGAUGGAAACUGCUCAAUGGAGAGUUGUGGACCAUGGGAUAUUCCUUGGACAUAAGGGAUGAUACAGGAAUACGAAUAGGCUGGCCUCCAAGACAGAGGGUAACAGGAGAAACAGCAAGUCUGUCUUUACCCAUAGUGUCAAUGGGGGGUGGGCCAGGAUGGAGAAAAGCAAAGAAUCAUGUGCUGUUACAGGUGACACCAGACUCCCUCCCAUCCCUCCUGUUAUUCCAUUCUAUUGUCAAAGCCAAACUUUAUCUUGCCAAUUUCUCAUAUUUUGGCACCUAAUUGACAAAUGAAAAAACUGGACAUCAAAUGCCUUCCAGAUCUGUGACUGGCCUGUCUCUCCAGCUCAGAUUUAGAGCCGUGCAGGGGAUGGCAUAAUAUUCUUCUCUUGGGUGUUCAAGCCAGAGAGGCCAAUGCUUCUUCACAAUGUCCCUAGCCUUCACCCCUUCCCCUGACUCCCACCUGAGCAUCUUGCAUCCCUCUGCCGCAACCUCCAUCUGUUCCACUCCAAUUCCAUCCUGUUUCCCCCACCGCCUUCCCUGACACCUGCUGAUCCAGAGGGCUUCUCUUAGAACACACUGAUCUGGGAAAUAAGGACUUGGUACAUAAAGAAUCUCAGAUAAGAAAAAUCCAUGAUGUUAUGAGAGAGAUGCCACAGACUGCAACGCUAACAGAGAGGCUAUUUCAAGUC